GUCUAUUCGUGGGGUAGGGGUAGAUACGGGGCCCUUGGACACGAUGACAAUGAAACAAAUCACAUGGUUCCGGCCCGAAUCCAGGGUUUCAAAAGAAAUGCAAUAAUUUCUCGUAUUGCGUGCGGGCGAUGGCAUUCUGUUGCACUCGCCAAUAGUCGUGAGCUUGUUUGUUGGGGCAGAAAUCAUUCGGGGCAGCUCGGUCUUGGCUUUACUCGAGACUCGGAGGCACCGACCUUCGCCGGCAUCACACGCCACAGCAACCCCGUCAUCUCUUGUGGUAUUGCCCACACACUCGUACUCGCAUCAUCAGGGCAGCUUUUAGCCUGGGGAUGUGGCGCCCACGGUCAACUUGGUUAUGGGGAUUUGUGGGACCGGGAAGAUCCUGUUGUUGUCCCCACGGUGCAGUCAAUAAUU